UGCAUAGAAUAUAAUAAUGUAACCACAAUAACCUAACUUACUAUUGUCUACUAUCCAAUAUUAUUUUUAAAAGUAAAAGCGGUUAUUUUCCAUAUUAUCUACCUAUGUUAUCUACAGUUAAUACUAUUAAUAAUGCAGUGUAGUGUUAGAUUAUGGGUAGAUUAAGAUUGUUGUUUUCAGUCGAGAAUAUUUUCAAAUUUGGUACACAAGAAAAGAGCAGAAUGUUAAGAAAAAAGCUUAAGCUGGAUCCCAUUGUUCAAAAUAAUUCAAUUUCGAUUCAACAUUCAACCAUUUCUGAUUCAACGACAACAGAUUUAGUACAAAGAAUAUUAGAAAUAGAAAAAAAUAUGUGUAAAUCCUUAGAAAGACUCAAGUUCUGUUCUCCAGUUGCUUACGUUUACAACCCUUUACAGUAUGCCUGGGAACCCCAUAAAGAAUAUGUUAUGAAAUACUGCAAUUCAGUUAAACCUAUUGUGUUUCUUGGAAUAAAUCCUGGACCAUUUGGUAUGUGCCAAACAGGAGUGCCAUUUGGACAAAUAAAUGCUGUGAAGAAUUUUUUGGGGAUAGAGAAACCUGUUUUGAAACCUGAAAAAGAAUGCCCAAGCAGGACUAUUACAGGUUUUAAUUGUACAAGGUCUGAAAUAAGUGGAGAACGUUUUUGGGGAUAUAUUCAAAAAUUAUGUGGAACUUCUGAAAAGUUUUUUGAAAAUGCAUUUGUUUAUAACUAUUGCCCAUUAGCUUUUAUGAAGAAUAAUGGAACCAAUGUAACACCAGCAGAAUUACCAGAAGCAUCACAGAGGAUUAUUGAAGAAAUUUGUGAUGAAGCUUUGCUUCAAAUAUUUAACCUUCUACAAGUAAAGAAAGUUAUAGGAAUAGGCAGAUUUUCUGAAAAACGUGCUCAGCAAGUAUUAAAAAAAUCGACAUUGGAGGAUGUAAGCAUCUAUUUUAUGCCACAUCCAAGCCCAAGAGUUGUUAAUAAUCAAAACUGGCCGCAAAAAGCUGAAAAUUUUCUUAAAGAAAACAACUUGAUGGAUUACUUUUUGUAAAACUGUAUCUUUUAAAUUUUUCUUUUGAUAAAUGAAAGUUACCUUC